AUGAAGGGUGAAACUAUAUUCCGGAUCCAGGGCAUGACCUGUGCCGCUUGUUCCGGAGCGGUGGAAGAGGCCAUAUCUAGUUUGAAUGGCGUAGACCUGGUAUCCGUUUCUUUGAUGACCGAAGAGGCCAAAGUAUGGCAUGACAAGAAUAUAUGUACGGCCCCAGAAAUACGGCAAGCAAUAGAGAAUUGUGGAUUUGAGGCCGAUAAUGGGAGAAUGGGAACACAAGAGCGGUUGAUAGAGACUAAACUUUCUAUUCAAGGCAUGACCUGUGGUUCAUGUUCGGCUUCGAUAACCGAAGCGUUGGAGAAAUUACCAGGCGUGGAAAUGGUAGCGGUGUCUCUUGUCACGGAAACUGGGCUUGUGAAACACUCGUCGUCUGUUCUGGUAGACCAAGUUUCGGAAACAAUUGAAAACUGUGGUUUCGAAGUGACGGUGGUUGACUCUUCCGCGGCAAGUCUGGGGAAUGUUAAUACAGUCACCAGUCAUUUUAAUGUGACUGGAAUGACGUGUGCUUCAUGUAGUGGAUCAAUCACGAAUGCCUUGGAAGCAUUGCCAGGAGUAAAUGCCGUGGUGGUGUCGUUACUCACCAACCAAGCAGUGGUUACUCAUGAAGGUCUGCUUGACGCCCAGCAGAUAAUAGACACUAUAAGUGAUUGUGGGUUUGAAGCAACACUUGCGGGCUCUUCCUCAACAGCAGAAGCAAACGAAGUAGAAGAAGUAGUGCUCCAGAUCCACGGUGUCAAUGAAACAACCGACCUAAAUGCAUUCCGCUACAAUUUAGAAGCGUUUUUACAAAGUAACGCUGGAGUUAUAAGUCAUAAAUUGGCGCUUGGGAGCGUUGACUCGGAUGCCAUGAAUCAUUCAUCAGAGAAUUCCCACACUAUACAAGCACUUCAUGCGCCAGACACUGACCAUACCCAAGAAGAAGGUAUCUUAGUUGACGAGUUAUCGGUUACUUAUUUACCCUCACAAGUUGGUAUUCGUGAUCUCGUUGAUGGCAUAAAUUCGUCUUUUCCCGAACUCACAUUCACAGUAGUGAAUUCUGUUGACCAAGCAUGCGCCGCCCAGCUAAAAAUGCUUUCUCGUGUCAAAGAGAUUCAGUAUUGGAAAUCAAACUUUAUAUGGUCUUUAUCAUUGGGGAUUCCAGUUAUGAUAUUCCACCAUGUUCAGCACUUGAAACCAUUCAAUUCCGCCCUCAUUUUCCCCGGUCUUUACUGGGUGUCAUUGCUUCAAAUGGUUCCAUCUGCCUAUGUUCAGUUCGUGUUGGGACACACGUUUAUUCGCAAGCUCAUCAAAUGCAUACGAAGAAAAGGAGGCGCCAAUAUGGAUGUCUUGGUGAGUCUUUCGACCCUCAUUUCCUUUUUCUUCUCAGUGUUUGCCCUCUUUUUAAGCGUCUGGUCGGGACAAACUUCUCGUCCUCCACGCUUGCUAUUUGACACCAAUGUAAUGUUGAUUUGCUUCAUUUCUUUGGGCAAAUGCUUGGAAAAUAGAGCCAAGGGAGCCACUUCUACAGCACUCUCCAAUCUUUUGGAGCUUUCCCCAACAACAUGUGUUAUCGUUACCGAUUUGGCAAUGUAUGAAUCUUGGGCUGCUUCUCACGCUGAAGAGUCCAAGACUGAGGAGAUGAUAGACUUCCCCACUCGUGAAAUCGGCAUAGAUUUGAUCCAACCCAAUGAUAUUGCCGUAGCACUUCCUGGUAGCAAGAUCCCUGCGGACGGUAUCAUACUUUAUGGUUCAAGUGAAAUUGAUGAGUCCAUUAUUACUGGAGAAAGUAUCCCUGUAUUCAAGACUAAGGGUGAUCCCGUGAUUGGUGGAUCAAUCAAUGGUCCCCAUCUCAUUCAUAUUCGGGUUCUCAAGACAGGCAAGAAGUCGCAACUUCAACAAAUUAUCAAUUUGGUUCGAGACUCACAGACAACAAAGGCUCCAGUUCAGCGUUUAGCAGAUCGUUUGGCAUCUCGCUUUGUUCCAUGUGUCUUGGCACUUGCAUUUCUCACGUUGAUGUUUUGGAUUUUCACCUGUUAUCUGGGCAAUGAGUCAAAGCUUCCUAAAGCAUUUAUGAAAGACGAGAACGGAAAAUAUUUUGUGUGCUUAAAGUUAGCCAUAUCCGUGAUUGUUGUGGCUUGUCCGUGUGCUCUCGGCUUGGCUGCUCCUACCGCAGUUAUGGUUGGAACUGGCGUUGGCGCUUCACAUGGUGCCCUCAUCAAAGGUGGUGAGGUAUUGGAAAACGCCAACAAGAUUGGCAUUAUACUUCUCGACAAAACCGGUACAUUGACAACUGGCGACAUGACAGUUUCCAAGGCAGUCAAGGAAGACGAGUCGUUGAGCGAUGUGGAUUAUUGGAAACUCGUUGGUACUGUUGAGGGCUCUUCAGAACACCCGUUAGGAAAAGCCAUUAUGAAAUACGCCAGAUUACAAGCCGGGCUUAAAUUCGAGGAGGACUCUUUCGACACCGUCAUGUCGAACUUUGAAGUUCUUACGGGAAUGGGUGUGACUGCAGACGUUAAAAUUGCAGAGAAAGGCAAGCCUUAUUCUAUUGCUAUUGGUAACCACAGGCUAUUGCAAAGUCGGUAUCCUGAAAUCGAACUUCCUAGUCAGGAAAACGACCACACAAGCAAGGCAUAUGUAAUUAUUGACGGCAGGCUCAGCGGAUUAAUUUCUUUGACCGAUAGCUUGAGACACAACGCCAAGGACGUGGUGAAUUACUUGCGUUAUAAUUUGGGCAUACAAGUGGGAAUAGUUACUGGAGAUAACAAAUCUUCCGCUUAUCACAUUGCAAAACAGUUGGACCUUCCUCAGGGAAAUGUGUUUGCCGAGGUUCUGGCCAUCAACAAAGAUAAAGUGGUAGCAAGUAUUAAGGAAAAAUUCCAGUGUGGGGUUGCGUUUGUGGGAGAUGGUAUAAACGAUGCUCCUGCUUUGGUGAAGGCAGAUAUUGGAAUGGCUAUCAGUUCAGGCACAGAUGUUGCCAUUGAUUCUGCCGACAUAGUCCUUCUUUCCACCGCAGGAAAUACCGACCAAGGCAUUGCUGGAAUCCCCACUGCCUUGAGUAUUUCUCGUUCCACCUUGCGUAAAAUCAAGACGAAUUUUGGUCUUUCGGUUGUCUACAAUGCACUUAUGGUUCCCUUUGCCAUGGGUCUUUUUCUUCCGUUGAAUCUUAUGCUUCCUCCCAUUGCGGCUGGAGGUGCCAUGGCCAUGAGUUCGGUAAGUGUUGUGGUGAGUUCACUCAUGCUUAAGAGGUGGAAACCGCCAAUAAUUGCUACCGAUAACACAGUUCAGGAAGACCAGUUGUAUGGUUUCACCUUACAAGGGUCCACCAGCGACGACUUUAAGCAACUUCAGCGUCUGGGCCGGACAAGAAGAUUUGGAAAUGGGAAAUUCUGGGGAAGAAGGCCAAACACCAAUGCGUACGAAUUGGUUCCUACUCUGUUUUAA